AUGGAUAACUCCCACUUCCAUCCCGGCUACAGCCCGUAUCCACCGCACAACCCGCAGCAACCUAAUGCCCCGCCGCCGCCGCAACAGAGUUCGACGCCGCAGCAUCAAGCUCAACACCACCAGGCCACCACCACCUUGGCUUCCUUUGGCAACCUCUCGGCCACCCAGGUCCAGCAGCAGCAGCAGCAGCAGCAGCAGCAGCAGCAACAAUCACACCAACAGCAGUCGGCGCAGACGCAGCCCUCGCCCUCGCAUCCCACGCUGCCUCCGCUGCAGGCACAGAAUGGCUACCCUCACUUCGGCUCCAUCUCCUACGCCCACCCAUCCAACAGCCAGUCGCAGACGCCCACCACACCACACACCCCCUCGAACGCCUCGAUGCCGGGCAACGGCCCCAACGGCUACUCCCAGCACGUCUCGCCCACCAACACCGCCGCGCCGGGUCAGAUGCUGCCGCCCUACGGCCACAAUCCGUACAGCUCCAUCACCCAGAGCAUGAUGUACCCAUCCUCGACCGCUACCACGAUGCCCCCGACGAGCGCAGCCACCGGCCUCCCGACCAUCCGUCCAAUGCCUCCCGGAGGUGUCAGUGGGGCCAACGGCCUACCGAGUCUCGCCAACACGCAACUGGGGCACUUGGGCCAGCAGCCGUCGUUCAUGCAGAAUGAGGAGGCUCCCACACACGUCGUCGGCUCGCAGGGCCGGAGAGGCAUCUUGCCGAGCGCGCCUGGUCGGCCCACGCCAUCUGCGCAGGGCACUGCACAGGCUACCAAGAGCAUGAUUCCACAAAAGGACGCAGACGGGAAGUAUCCCUGCCCGCACUGCAACAAGACCUAUCUGCACGCGAAGCACUUGAAGCGACAUCUUCUGAGACGUAAGUCACGGCAACAUCUCCCGCGAGAACGUGGUGCUGACAACAAUGACUCCAGACACGGGCGAUCGGCCAUACAUGUGCCACUUGUGCAAGGAUACCUUCAGCCGGAGUGACAUCCUGAAGCGUCACUUCCAGAAGUGUUCGCUACGCCGAGGCAAUCCCACCGGUGCCAAUCACCUGGCUCACCAGCGACGCAACACGAACAGCGGCAACCGGUUGUCGAUCAGCCAGCAAGAAGGGCCGAUCGGUCUGGCAGGAAUGCCGGAGAUCUCUGCCACCUCGGGCUACAACCCCAACAUGGCCACCAACAGCCCGUCGGUCAACGGCGACAUGUCUGCGCGGACCUCGCGGGCCAACAGCUUGAUCACGCCCGGAAACAUGAGCCAGCGCAACAGCGUGGCCGGACUGGGCAUCUUGGGCUCCAAUGCGCCCAACAGCGACCAGAUGACCCACUCAUCUGCGCCGUACCAGCCAGGUAUGAAUGCCUACUCCAUGCAGAACACUACCAACGGCGGCCAGAUGCCCUCCAACUAUACCUUCAAUCAGGCCCCGCACCUGAACGGCAACAUGUUUAGCACGCAGAACCCGCAACAGAUGUCUUUUUUAGGCCAUCAGAGCUCGCGGUUCGACAGCAGCCCGGCGAACAACCAGCCCCAGCAGCAGAUGCCAAAUGGUAAUGGUAGCGGCGUCGAUUGGACCCGCAUGUUCACCCCAAGUGGCCAGGAUGGCUAUAUCGGCAGCCAUCCUGCGAACGCGAGCUCGCAAGGAACUCAAUCAAUCAAGACCGAACCGGAUUCGAAAUCCGACUUUCCUGCCCUCCAGAACGGCUACAGCAACGACUCUUUUUUAGGUAGUCUCUACUUGCAUCCGGGUGGCUUCGGAGGCGAGGAGGGAGACAGCAGCAUGCCCGGAUUCCCCAGCUGGACCAUGGAUGAUCCACUGCAGGCCAAGGUGGACAGCCUGCUGCAUCACUGCUUUCCGCACGGGACCGAAACCGCUCGCGGCAAUCCCGUCGCAGAGCUGAUGCAGUCUGCGUUGACCAUCGAGAACAUCAAGCACUUCGCGGAACACUACACCUCGUACCACGGACACUGGCCGAUCCUGCACAUGCCCACGUUCAAACUGUCCGAGGCCAACAACAACCUGGUGCUCGCCAUGAUGUGCGUGGGUGCCGUGUACAGUCCGCGGCUCGUUGUGCACCAAGUGCGACAGAUGAUGGAGUUUGUCAAGGCCACGGUGUACAGCAGUUGCACCGUGUAUGCCAAGACCAUGAGCGGCCAGACGCAGGGACUGGGCAACCAGCCUCACGAAGUAGAGGAGCUGCAGGCGCUCACGAUGCUGCACAUUCUCUUCACGUGGCACGGCGACCCCGCGCAGAGGCAGGCAUCGCGGGUCGAGUUCCCGAAUCUUGUGCGCAUUGCCAAAGCCAUGGAUCUCUGCCAAAACGCAAUGCCCAGCCACUACGCAUACAGCGCAUUGCACUCGAGUCGGAGCUCCAUACCGCCUGGCUUCCAGCUGUCGCAAUGGAACUGGCACAGCUGGCUGGAGCAAGAGAAGCGCAAUCGCUCGCUGUAUCAGAUGUUUCUCACGGAUACUGCCAUGGCCCUCUACUUCAACUUCACCCCACAGUUCGAUCCCCUCGAGAUCCGUCUCAUGCUGCCUGCCGACGAUGCCGCCUGGGACGCACCGAACGCCCAGGAGUGUGCCAACGCGCUCGGAUUGGCCGGUCCGCAGGCACGAGGACGCGACGUGACCGGAACGCGCAAAGCUGUGCAACCGACGAUGCGUGACGCGAUGCGCACGCUGUUGGAUGCCUCUGCGUCAAUGCAGCCCAACAGUACGAAUGUAUACGCCAAGUUCCUGCUCAUCCACGCCUUGAUAUCUCGCAUCGUCAACUGCCAGCGGGCGUUGCUUCAUCCGGACGGCAACUCCCAGGGCUUCAACCUCUCCCUGAACAACAGCACGCCAGCGACUCCACUGUCGCAGAACGACUGGCAGGAGCAGAAUGGCGGCCGCAGCGACAGCGCCAGCGCCAGCGCCAACAACAGUGGUCACGUCACUCCCGACGACGGCCUCAGCCCUACGAUGCAAGGAAACUCAAUCGCGGCGCAGCAUGAGAAGAAACGCCUGGGAUACGCGCUGGAGAAGUGGAAGCGCAACUGGGACGUCGACAUGGACUUGCAGUACCCUCCUUCUCAAGCACACCAUCGUCGCUUCGGUUUCAGCCGUGAUGGCGUGCACUUCUUCUACCUCGCUCGAAGCUUCUUGCAGUCCCAGCAGUCCACCGACUUCACCCUUCCUGCGGACUUGCGCUUCAAACGGGUGAUGGCGCUGCUCAAGCGCAUCAGGGCUGUGGUCCAUGGCGACAACGAGGGCAAAGGACAGGACGUGGGCUCCGUCGGCGACAUUGAUGAUCAAUACGGCCUGGACGACCUCACGCUGGACAUGAAGUUACUCUUCCGACCCUACAACAGCCAGGUGGACAGUCCUGUCGCCGGUGUACAGACGUGCCAGCUCUAG